AAUUCAUAAACCUGCACUUUCAAGUCUUUUAGAUCAUUAUCUUCUCAAGUGUCAGCACAUCCAAUACAAUAAUGGGUUUUCGUUUACCUGGUAUCAGAAAGGCAUCAUCUGCUGCUAACCAAGCAUCUUCCAAAGUUGUGGAGGUGCCAAAAGGCUAUCUUGCUGUGUACGUUGGAGAGAGAAUGAAGCGGUUUGUGAUUCCCAUAUCAUACUUGAACCAACCUUCAUUCCAAGACGUGUUGAGUCAAGUUGAGGAAGAGUUUGGGUAUUAUCACCCCACGGGUGGCCUCACAAUUCCUUGCUGCGAAGAUGUCUUCCAACAGAUAACUUCUCACCUAGAAGGACUAUAA